GGAACUGUUUGUCAAGUACCCACCAUUGCUACCGUUCCAACGCGGCGAGAGUGGCAGAAGUGUGACGGUGAUUAGUUAACAAAUAAACCCGUAGCCGAACCGCGCUCACCGGCUUACUCUCCGUAAUUUCUUCUCCCUUCCUUGGGUCAAAGUCGGCGGCGUCAUGUCGGCCGGCUGGUGGAGCAGCGAUGCGGUGACCCACGUCCUUAUGGCGUUGUUCGCAAUGGGCUCGUGGAUUUCCGUCAACAGUUUGUGGGUCGAGCUCCCGGUCAUCGUAAGCGUGCUGCCCGAAGGUUGGAAUUUGCCGGCCUACCUCUCAGUCUUGAUUGCGUUGGGCAACAUUGGUCCAGUGGCGGUAACCGUGACGCAUCACUGCGCACCAGGCCGACUCAAUGAGCGCCUGGUCAUCCACUGCAUCCAGGCGCUGGCGCUGGUGGCGGCGGCGCUGCUCGCCAUCUUCUGGGCGCGCACCACGAUGGUGGCAGGACAGCUGCACUCGCUGCCCUUCCUGCUUCUCACCUUCGUGCUGUCGCUCGUGUGCUGCACGUCCAACGUCACAUUCCUGCCCUUCAUGUUCCGCUACCCGCCGCAGUACAUCCGCACUUUCUUCGUCGGGCAAGGCCUGAGUGCGUUGUUCCCGUGCGUGGUGGCGCUGGGGCAGGGCGUGGGCCAACUGGAGUGCCCCGUCGUCAAUGGCACCGUGCAGCCGCACUACCUCAAGGAGAACUUCCCGGCGCAGAACUUCUUCUGGUUCUUGUUCGUCAUGCUGUCGGUUUCCGCGCUGAGCUUCCUGGCGUUGACGUACCGACCGAUGGCGUUGAAAGGAGCUGCGCUGCCCUCAUCGGACGCCUCACGGGGUUCCUACGCAAGUAUUGAAACAGCGGCCAAGAGCGGGGGGGACGAGGUGAACCCGAUCCAGAACGGCAGCUCGCCGUCGUCCCGGGAGGACUUGCGCCAAGAGGAGGCACCGCCCGCUGCGCCGUUUUGGACGCUGCACAACGGCUACCUCCUGGCGCUGCUGGCCGUCUCCAACGCACUCACCAACGGCGUCCUGCCGUCCGUCCAGAGCUUCACCUGUUUGCCUUACAGCACCAUGACCUUCCACCUCUCGGUGGUCCUCGGCAACAUCGCCAACCCCCUGGCCUGCUUCCUGGCCAUGUUCGUCAUUCUAAGGUCCUUUCCGCGUCUCGGUGUCUUGUCUUUGGGGGGCGGGGUUUUCGCGGUGUACCUGUUGGUUCUGGCUUCCCGCAGUCCGUGUCCUCCUCUGCAGGGGACGACAGCCGGUGUGGUCUUAGUGGUGGCCUCCUGGAUCCUGUUCACAGGCCUCUUCUCCUACCUGAAGGUGGUGAUCGGCACGCUGCUGCAUGAAGCGGGCCAUGCCGGCCUGCUGUGGUGCGGCAUCGCCAUCCAAGUGGGCUCGCUGGCGGGCGCUCUCGCCAUGUUCCCCCUGGUCAACAUUUAUGACAUCUUUCAGCGGGGGCAGGACUGCGUAGACGCAUGCCAUUAAAGUCAGAUAAGAACUUUAUUUUUUUUUUAUUUUUUAUUAAACACAGCUCCCAUAGAACAGAAGCAUCAGUGGUUCUGAAGCACGGGAUGGUCCGAACUGGUUUCUGACAGGGGGAGCUUUGUGGUGCCUCAUGCUGGCCGAGGGGCUUUUACGUGCUCUUAAAACACGAGUCAAACCUGUGCGGUUGUUUACACUCGGACCAUGUGACACUUGUUGCCUCAGGGGCACAACCGACAUGCCCCGCCCCUUCAAUCUACACUAUUACCUACUUCAAUAUUUAAUAAUCCACACUUGACUGCUGCUCCUUGUGCUGUCAUAACAUCUAGAAGGUAAUGUUGCUUUUUAGCGUCCAGGAUUUGAGCGGAGAAUCCUAAUUUUUUGCACUGGCAUAAAUAAUUUUCUUUUUUUUUCUUU